AGAGGUCACAUCCGGGUCAUUCCCGGCUGUGACAGUUGCGCUGAAGUUCGCAGUCGGACUUGCUAUGUUUGUUACGGAGAGACAAAGUGAAACGGAUAUUUAACUCUCAGGGACAGUGACACAACUCGCACAACUUAACGGCAGCCUCCCACCGGUGACACUUAAAUAUGUUCUCCCUGUCAAUGACGGUGCAGCCACAGGUGACUGUACCUCUGAGUCACCUCAUCAACGUCCUCCAUUCACUGAAGAGCUCAGUGGGAAGCAGCAGCAGUGCCACCUGCAAAUCAAGAAAACACAAGGAGCAUGCCUCAGACUCAGAACCACACUGCACAGAGCCGAUGUGGAACCUGCGGGAGCUCGGUUUAUUAGACCUGGGAACUCGGCAGCUGGAUGAGCUAAUGAGCCGUGUGUUGCCUCACUUGAGCCCACAGGAGAUGCCACCUCCACUUGGUGGGCAGACAGCCUGGAGGACCUCGCAUCUUUCCACACACUCCUUUUUCCACAAUAAGCAUGGUUUCUGGUCAGGUCCCAUGUCGCCUCCAGUUUUUUCCAGGCAGCACUCUUCACCUCUUCUAUCUGUCUGCACAGAGCUACAGUAUUGGCCAGUGUUGGUUCAGAGCAGAGGCUUUAAAACUUUAAGGAGCAAAACCAGACGACUGCAGUCAGCCUUCGAACGUCCCGUGGAAUCUGAAAGGUUCACACCGUCUUUUAUGAAGGGCUUUCUUACACGUGACAAGGGGAUUGAGGUUGAAAAUCUCGACAGCCUCUUAAAGAACAAAAACAUACCUGAUGGACAACAUGAUGCUUUCAAGAGGGGCUUCGCUGAGGGUUUCUUGAAAGCUCAAGCCCUGACCCAGCGCACUCAAGAUUCUCUGAGGAGGACUCGUCUGAUUCUGCUGGUGCUCCUUCUUGUUGGGCUCUAUGGCAUCUCCAAGACCCCCUUUAUAUCGGUGCGGUUCCGAACCACAUCAGGCCUGGACUCAGCUGUGGACCCUGUGCAGAUGAAAAACGUGACUUUCGAGCACGUUAAAGGGGUGGAAGAAGCAAAGAACGAGCUGCAGGAAGUGGUGGAGUUCCUGAAAAACCCACAGAAGUUCACAGCCUUGGGAGGAAAGCUGCCGAAAGGUGUUUUACUUGUUGGACCUCCAGGGACCGGAAAGACUCUGUUGGCCAGAGCCGUGGCAGGAGAGGCAGAUGUGCCGUUUUACUACGCCUCUGGGUCGGAGUUUGAUGAGAUGUUUGUUGGAGUCGGAGCCAGCCGCAUCAGGAACCUUUUCAGGGAGGCUAAAGCCAACGCUCCGUGUGUGAUCUUCAUUGACGAACUGGACAGUGUGGGUGGGAAAAGGAUAGAGUCUCCCAUGCACCCUUACUCCAGACAGACUAUUAACCAGCUGCUUGCUGAGAUGGAUGGGUUUAAACCAAACGAGGGCGUGAUCAUCAUUGGAGCGACCAACUUCCCAGAGGCUCUAGAUAAUGCCCUGAUCCGCCCGGGACGCUUCGACAUGCAGGUGACUGUCCCCAAACCAGACGUGAAAGGACGCACAGAGAUCCUCAACUGGUACCUGAAGAAGAUUAAAGUGGAUCCAGCUAUUGAGGCCAAUAUUAUUGCCCGGGGCACAGUGGGCUUCUCUGGCGCAGACCUGGAAAAUCUGGUCAACCAAGCAGCUCUUAAGGCAGCAGUUGAUGGCAAAGACAUGGUCACUCUGAAGGAGCUGGAGUUUGCUAAAGACAAAAUCCUCAUGGGCCCUGAGAGGAGGAGUGCAGAAAUAGACAAGAAGAACAAGCUCAUCACAGCGUACCAUGAAUCAGGCCAUGCAAUCGUAGCUUACUACACCAAAGAUGCCAUGCCGAUCAACAAGGCCACCAUCAUGCCCAGAGGCCCCAGUCUGGGACAUGUGUCCAUGCUCCCAGAGAACGAUCGGUGGAGUGAGACUCGCUCUCAGCUUCUGGCCCAGAUGGACGUCAGCAUGGGAGGUCGCGUUGCAGAGGAGAUUAUAUUUGGCCACGAGUACAUCACAACUGGAGCAUCCAGUGACUUUGAUAGUGCCACUAAGAUUGCAAAGCUGAUGGUGACCAGAUUUGGAAUGUGUGAAAAGCUCGGUGUGAUGACCUACACUGACAUGACGGCACAGAGUCCAGAGACACAAGCUGCUGUGGAGCAUGAAGUCAGAGCGCUACUGAAGGAGUCGUACGAUCGCGCCAAAGCACUGCUGAAGUCUCACGCUAAGGAGCACAAGAACCUGGCAGAUGCUCUGCUCAUGUACGAAACGCUGGACGCCAAAGAGAUCCAGCUGGUCCUGGAGGGCAAAACCCUGGAGACCAGAUGAAAGAGAGGGCGGGGUGUGGUUUUUAGAGGUUGCAGAAAGAAGGAUGGACUUGGAGGCCUGCACUCACAAUGAUCCUGACAGACGCUCAUGUAGGACAAUAUCACAUCUUCAUGGAACCUCAUUAUUUCCCAGAUAAGUAGUGCUGUUUUAAACCUAAACGUCCUUGCUGUGUUCAGAACUAAGCAGGUGUGAGUCGCACAGGUUCAUUGUAUGUGAAGAAGGUUUGAAUGCCUAAUUAAUGAUCUUGCUCAGGUCACUUUAUUCGCCACUUUAUUAGAGGAAACAAUACAUGAAUGUGAAUAUGUACCUCGAAUAGAACAUCAGCAUCUGGAUUAGAUUCUUAUUUUAAAGAUGAUUUCUGACACCAGAGUUGAAAUGGGAAGAUAUUUCUGCUGUAGCCAGGUCAGCGGGAAAUUAACUGUUAGCCCAAAGAGCUACUUUGUAGUGAUGGCAGCCGGAAUCUAACUGAAACUCAGCUCAGUCGUCUUCCAGCGUUUGUGUUCAUAUCUGGUAAACGUCAUGCGAAUCUUCCGCCUGUCAUACUCGGGUUGGCACAAACAGCUGUCACGUCUUUCCAUCUGAUUUUUUUUUGCAUCCAGAUGACUGAGCUGAAAAUGCUUAUACGCUCCUGCUGUUCCCGUCUCUAUGUCCCUGUUGCUUCUUUUCAAAGGUGGCCUUUUGGGGGAAUGUACCGUAAGCAUAACAUUUUUCUUUCAAGUAGGAAGUGUGUAAGCUGCAGUGACUCAGCACUUUUUCGGGUAAGUGUACAAAUUGAAAAUAUCCCUCUUUGUGUAAAUUAUUUCCUUUAUGCUGUCUGUACAGAUGGAACAAAAAACUGCUGCUCAGCCUCCAGAAGCAGAACAAGUAUAAGCUGUGUAUGUAGUGGUUAGCUCAUUUUAAAGUUGUAAAGAUGGCCUAAUUUAUUUAAAUGGUAUGAAUCUGGCUUCUGACAAGUCUGUCAGCAACGAAUGAGUUUUGUUAAAUUUGCAGAUGAAUGAAAUAAAGACUCUUAGGUUAAUCAGACAAAUCAAAAGGCCAGUUCUGUCAAGUAUUGUCUGUUUCUGCCCCCCUUCUCAUGGCUUCACUGCUGAGAGACUUCUCACCUGUGUCUUGAGCUGCAUACAUUGAUCUUUUUUUUUUUAAACAAAUUUUGCACAGUACCACGGAUGCUUGUUUUUAGUGGCACUUUCUCCAGUUAUGAAAGAAAAUGUGAGACAAAGAAAGCUCAUUAAAUCUAGCUGUAACGUGACAUCCUUGGUUCUAGAUUGGGCAUUUCUUCCACCCAGAUAGUGUGUAAAAAUUAUCAGUUAUACAUCUGUUGAAAUGGUGAAUGUGCGUUUCCAAGUAAAUAGCAGCAGCUGUGUAUGUAAUCCAUAUUUAGAGGAUCACCAGCAUGUUGUACUUCAUCGUGUUUUCUGUUUUUGCUUCAGUUUGACACAACAUAUUCUCUGUUUGUUGGCCUUUUACCUAUGUUUAGCUUUGUAUAUAUGGCGGAGAUGUAAUGGGAACCCUGUAUAUAGAUGUAUAGUGAUGCUUUUAUGCUGUGUACACACUGAAUGGCUCUCUGCUGUAGCUGUCUCCACAGUUUGAUGACAAUGGCUAAUUAUUAUUUGUCCACCUGAAAUAAAGACAAACACCCCGAAUAGGAA